AUGCAAGUCAGAAAUAUUCAGAACAUAGCACCGAGUCUAACUGACAAGAGUAUAAAGAUAUACUAUGAACAUGUUAUGAUGAAACCAACCAAAAUUCAAGAAAGUCAGUAUACUUAUGAAUAUCCAAGACACUGGGUAGAGUAUGUAGGAGGUGAGAAAGCUAUUGAAAUCAGACAGGUUCGAAGUAUUCCAGCAGGAAGAACAAUAUUAUUGAAGAACUUUAAUGUUUUGAGGUAUAAUGAUGAAACAAAGAAGCAAGAUAGUUUCCCUGUUGCUGUGUAUGUGAACUUAGACACAGGAGAUGACAUGAAAGUUUUUAAUACAAAGCUUCAAACGGUAGUGAGAGAACAACUGACUGCGGAAGGACAUCCAUUACCUUCAGAAGUUACCAUAGCAUAUAAUUUUGAAACAAACUCAAUAGAUUUUAAAGUCGUCUCUGCAAAGAAGUCAGGUUUUACAUUUAAUGAAGCAGAUGUAUAUUCGAAUGAAAACUUCAAAGCUAUUGCAUGGUUAGAUAAUGACGAUUGCUUUAAGAAAAUCUUUAAAUACAGUGACUCAACGAUGUCAAUAGAUGACCUUCGUGGAAUGUUACCAUCGAC